AUUCGUCGCCCAGCAACACUUCAAGUGCGGUCCAUGAGUUAACGAUUCGAUGAAUUGCCCUUCUCUACCCUAAAAAUGUUUGAUCGCUAUUAUAUUUCGCAGACGCAACAUGCUGAUUGCCUUUUCAAGAAUCCUAUGGAAUUAGAAAAAGAAAAUGAGAACUGUUAUCCGCCAUUCAGGUACCACAUGAGGAUGGCCCUUUUGUUUGUACCGGGGUGGAUCAUCAUCCUUUCAAUGGGGGACAGAUUGAUGCUGAUAAUCACCAUCACCACGGCUAUCAUCGGUCUGGUAUUGCAUAUGUCAAAACUCUACACCCAAUCUUUGGUAGUUAUUCUAGGAGGUGCUAUCGCGCUGGGCAUUUUACAAAUCCUCCAUACUUCCGAUUCUAUCUUUUAUAGCAUCUCGCGCACCGCAUUGGCUAUCAAUUGUUCUCUACACAUCGCCUUUACUUUUCUCUGGAUACUGCUUCUCUUCCCUUCCAUUCACAUCGGAAACUUUACCAGCUCAGUGCCCAGAACCGCCGAGCAAAUUUUGUUUGCCCUGGCGCCCAUCCCUGCCGUCGCCAUUUACACUUGGACUGUCACCGUCCGAGUCGGUAUUGAAAACUCGGCAUAUUGGCUUAUGGUCUUUUUGAUGAUAGUCCACGUCAACUUCUGGUUUCCGACGCCUUCAUCUUACUCAUCUAAAUAUUACUUCAAAAAACGAGACUCACUGAUCGGAUCCGGUCUUUUUGAAGAUCUCAAGCUAAAAUUCAACGUCGCUGGAAUCAGCACCAAGAACUUUGCUUGUCCCGACAACACCAGUAAACUUCAUUUUGUGUACCUUAUUUUGAUGCCUGCAUUGCUCUACAUAUCUAAUUAUUGGCAAUCGUUAGCCCUCUACGGAUUGUUCGAACAAAACCACAUCACAAACAUCGGUCUGCUUUUAUCCGUCCCCCUGCUAUACAUCGGCAUUCUCGGGUCUCUGAGGAGAACGUCGCCUCUCUGGUGGCUAAAUCUAUCCCCAGAGCCUCUCGAGAACCUCCACAGGGCGAUCAUCUUCUUCAGCAGCCUGGUGGUCCUCUUAUGUGUGGAACACAAUGUCCUCUUUGCAAAAUAUUCUCAUCUGAUAGUAGGAGUUAAUCCACCCUAUUCGUACAUCGUCGUCACCGUAGCUCUAAUUCUGGCCUUUUUAGCCGUCGCCUUGUAUCUGAACUCCUCCAAUAGAACGGGCCUGAGAUGUCGCAUACUUCCUUGCACGCUAGGCGCCAUGACGGCUAUCGGCUUUUCGAUAGCGUUUGGCCUGCCAAUUGUAUUCUAUCCAAUUCCCAUCGCCGCAAUUGCAUCAUUUCUGUUUUUCUGCUUCGGCUACGAACUGUGGGCGUACCUGGUGUUCGUGUUUUGCACGCAGACCGCUCUAACUUGGUUCUUCUACAAAACGUUCUGGUUUUUGUCUUAUGAAUUUUCGGCCCUGAGAGGGUACGUGUCUCUCCGCCUUAUAUCCGUUGCGGUGCUCGCAGCAUCUGUGAUUUCAUCCAUCAUAUCUGGCAUGAAUCUCAGCAAGAAUCUUUCCACCAAAAGCGGAAUUCCACUUCUUCUCCAGGCGAUCAUCAUUGCCGCACUCGAAGAAAUUCUGUACGCCGAAAAAUUGAACCAGUCAGACGAUAACAUCUACCCAUUCUACUUGGUCAUUCUAACUACGGUCUGUGGUAUCUGCAUCAUAAAAAAACUAGUCUCGGAAAGUAAAAUUUCUCCAGAUCUUUCUCUCUUGAUUUCUGUCAUCUAUACUUCCAAAAUCUUCUUACUCCUCAAACCGGUCAAUUACUCAACACUCUCCGGUGUCCUCCUGCUGACGCCACCUGUUUACUCUAUCUAUAAAGCGAAGAGUCACGACGUCCAUGCAUCCCGCCUGCUGUCUACUCCAAGUGUGUCCAUGAUCUACGUGGCGUGCGUGACAAUCUCAGUCUAUUUGACAAGAUGGACCGUUCAGUCCAGGGUUUUGGGGUUGCUCACCUACGCAUACGAUGGCACGGCGUCAACUUCUUCGGUUCUUGUAAACGGUCUUGCCAUUCUUAUCUGUGGCACGUUCUUGUCCCCUCUGGUCUGGUGCCAUCCCUACUAUCGAGAAAACAGGGAGCUACAGAUGAAAAGGUGGAUCAAUCGAAUUGGGCUCCUUUUCAUGAGCAUUGGAUCUCUUUUAAUGGUCCUGGACCAAAUCAUGUCAAGGAGCAGCCUCCAUGCCACGUUGGCCGGGCCGUUUUCUUUUAUGAUCAGCAACACGGAAAUUUCGAUCUUGUCCAUAGCGAGCUUUCUCGGAACAAUUUGCAUUGCAACGGGCGCAGCCGGUGGCCUUUUGAGCAUGGAUCGCGUCGUCACUCGCUCGGCGAUGUCUCUCUUGUUGGGAACUGCAAUAGGAUCUUUGUUCGUCCCAUUUAUGGCUCAGAACUCUGCUUUGGACGUGAAGGACAGUUUCCUCAUAGUGGCUUUGAGAAAUGCACAUCUUACCAUCAGCAUCUGUUCGUACGCGCAAGCAGUCUCCUUCUUUUUGCAUUUUGCCUGCUGGAAGCAAUGCCCGAGGGGCAUUCUAAAAAUUCUUCCUGUCAUCUGGGCGCUGAGUUGGAUUGAGUGGCCAUUAAUCAAAUUCGUCGUCUUCACUUGGAAUCGACUCUUCGACGUUAGAGUACCCGAUGAAAUGGAAAAAUCCAGCUUAACAUUCGUGGCACUGAAGUGCCUUUCUUCUGCGAUCGUGGCUCUUUUCCUCAAGAUUCGACGUCCAAACAACUUCGAAGUAGAGCCGAGCGGUUCUCCAGCUUGGAGCGCCAACAUUGGCAAUUUUGAGGCCUUGAUGGCUUUUAUUCUAGGAUGCAUCGUCAACUUUUAUUUGGAAGCAAACGAAACCGGGACGGUCUUUAUUUCUCUGAUUCUAUUAACGUUGCAGACAGGCAGCGUCUUCAGAAUUCCCAAAAUGUCUAAUCCGUACGUGUUCCCCUUCUUGGGUACGUUUUUUGCUCUUCAGUUCAACAUUCAUUUCAGAACUUGGUUCGGUCUUGUCCUCCGGCUUGCCGCGCGAUCGCUAGGGCUACGUUCGAUUCUGGCCGAGAGUUCAUUGUCAUUUAACGCUCUGGAAAUUUUUUACUCGAUACUCUGCGUUCCCAAUUGCGCGUCAGUUGUUUCUUGGAUGACGGCGCGGAAAUUUCAUCGCCUUUCGUGGCUUAUUACGCUUCUGCCAAGCAUCUUGGCCGCUGUUUUGAGCACCCUCACAACGACAAAAAUACUUGCCUCUUUCGGAUUGGUAUGCUCCUCUGCUUUCCUGCUGUUGGAUUUCAGAGCUUAAUGCCCUCGCCCGCCCAACAGACUUUCAACGUUCUCCUAGAUACCGAGCCAACGUCUAACAACUAAGCGACUCGCUUAGAGACGACAUAACGGUCAAAUCAAAAAUUCUGGCUGUAAUUGCUUGUUCUCUCUAAUAAAGGCCAUGUUUCACUCUUUUUUUUUUUGGUUGAUUA